AUGCACCAUAGGGAUAAUUUUUCGAAUCCUACUUCAACAAUUCCCUUGGAAUUUAAAAAUUUUAUAUGGAAGGAAGGUAUUGGGAGGUAUUGUGGAAAUGGAAGUUAUUGUGGAUCGUUUAGACACCUCUCUCCACCCAAAACAAUUCCCUUCUAUGAACCUAUGGGUAACAGCAACAACACAACUCCAGUUAUGUGUAUUCCUUUCCAUUAUGCAACAUCUUUAAAUUCAAUGGCUAGUGCUGGAGGUUCAGCUUUAGGCAAAAGAACUCGUCGUUUAGCACAAGAAAUUGUUUCUUUGAGCAGUUCAUUGCCACUUUCAUUUAGCAGCGGUGUUUUUGUUCGAACUUGUGAAGAAAGAUUGGAUGCUAUGAAGGUUUUAAUAACGGGUCCAUCAGAUACUCCCUAUGCAAAUGGAUGUUUUGAAUUUGAUGUUUUCUUCCCUCCAGAUUAUCCAAAUGUUCCGAUGCAAAUGAAUUUGGAGACAACAGGGAAUCGAACAGUUCGAUUUAGUUGGUUUUUUGUUUUGUUUUUAAAUUUUUUUAAUUUUUGGGGAAAAAUUGGUACUUUUCCUGUUAUCCCAACGGAUUUUUUCGAACUCUUUUUGUGCGGAUUUUGUCUUCCUUAA